AUGAACGCUACAGAAGAGUAUCCGGACUAUAAUACUACCAACUAUUUCUAUGAAGAUAAAAAGAUGUCAGAUUAUAAUGAAGGUCAAAUUAUGUCAGAUUAUUCUGGACGUAUCGCUUUCUUGGUUGUAUUCAUCAUCUGUCAUAUUGGAGUCCCAUUAAAUGGAAUUGUUAUCUGGCUACUUGGUUUCCAAAUUAAGAGAAACCCUUUCACUGUGUUGAUUCUUAAUUUAGCUAUUGCCGACUUUGGGUUUCUCUUAUUUACGACUAUAAAUUGCAUUGAAGUUUUGACACAUGUUUUAGAGAGAGAUAUUCUUAGGCUAAUUGUCUUUUGCCUUUUCAAUGUUACAUAUAACAGUGGUCUAUUUCUUCUGACGGCUAUCAGCAUUGACCGGUGUGUCUGUGUCAUCUUCCCAAUCUGGCAUCGCUGUUCCCGGCCAAAAUAUUUGUCCUCUGCUGUCUGUGCCUUCCUCUGGAUCAUCUCUUUCCUCCUGGUUGGAAUUCUGAGCUUUUUGGAAUAUGUGUUUAAGUAUGAUAAAAUCUUGACAAAAGUUGUUUUAAUUGUCACUGCUGUGUUUUGCCUUCCGAUGAUAUCAAUCUCUUCUGUGAUCCUGUUCAUCAAAAUAUGUCUUAAAUCCCAACAGAUCAAACGGAGAAGACUUUUAGUGAUGAUCUUAAUUACUCUUCUCUGUUUCCUUAUUUUUACUCUUCCAUUAGAUAUCUAUCUGUUUCUUACUGAAGUUCUUAAUAAGAAGGUUUUUUUAUAUAUUUAUGAACUGGAUUUCUACUCAAGUCUGUGUACUUCCCUCAACAGUAGUGUUAACCCUGUAAUCUAUUUCCUGGUUGGGAGAAAGAAAAGUGCUCGGACAAGGGAGAGCAUCAAAGUCAUUUUUCAAAGAGUCUUCAGAGAAGACGAAGCUCCUGAAAUCUGA